AUGAUUUUCAAAUUGGUUUUGUUUUACGUGAAUAUCUUUUUCUUACUUAUUCAUUUAUCCAUACAAGAUGAUAUGCUGUCCAUCAUGUUCAAAGAAUUGAAAGAAAAUACAGAGGACUCCAAACAUACAAUUAACCAGGAGCUAGCAAUUGAAAAUAAGACCAUUGAUGAUUAUGUCCAAUGUUCAACUGAACGGAAUGUCGCUUUAGCUAGCUUAAUUCAUAUACAAGAUCUGAAAGACAUUGUUGAAGAUUUCACAAUUCUAAUAAAAGCAAAAGGUGAUGAAAAUGUCUUAGAAGAAUGUGUUUCAUUGAUCUAUAAUCUGAAUGAAUUAUAUACAAAUACGCUUUUGGCAAACACUCUACAACAAUGUGAUGACUAUUCAAAAUCUAAACCCAUAGGUUUUCGUCAACUGAGAAAUAGCAUUUCCAAGUUGGUGAAACAUCGGGAAAGAUAUAAUUAUUACAACGCUGAGAAUCAAAUACUACAAAAGAUGUAUGAUUCAAUAAUGAAAAAAAUUUCAACAUAUGAUGCCGAAACAAAACAUGAAAUACCAAACAUAUUAUAUUAAUAACAGUGUCAUGCGUAACAUUAUCAAUUAAGUAACUAACUAACUAACUAACAAUUAACUCUUUUUAUUUUUUAACUGUAACGAGUGAU